AUGAAAAGUAAUCAUCUAAAUUCAGAUAUUUGUAAUACUCUAGAUUAUAUAGAACAGAAGAAAAAUUGGAUACUGAAAAUCAGGUGCAUUCAGUUAGAUCUCUUUUGAAAAGUUGCGAUUAAGAUCAGGAAGUCAUCCUACACGAUAUUUAGAAUUUUCGAUAAUCAAAACAAAAUGAUCAAAAGGGUGUUAUGAGUCUUCUAUUUGACUAGAAAAACAAGUACGUUCUUCUUGGAAUCAUAUUUUAUAGACCUAAUUACACAUGUAAUAUAGGACCUAGGUUAAGAGAUGCGAGUUUUCAAUCUAAUAAAACAGUAAUGAAUCUCAAAGAGGAGAGUCCAAUCCUUAUCGAAAGUCAAAUUUCUAAUGAGCAUCACGGAUUCAGCAAUAAAAUUUGGAAAGCAAAAUCCUUGGAGAUUUUGAUGAUCACUCUUAGAUUCAUAAGUUUUAUCACAAAAUCGAACUUUGCUACCAGUUUUAAAUUAAUCAACAAAAAUGUUUUUGAAAUAAUAGGCGAUGUGUCAGCCGACUUUUCAUAUUACUUAUUGAAAAAUUUCUUUAAAUACGAAGUAACAUGUAUGGAUUUAAUCUAAUUUUAGAAACCAACAGGAUUUUAAAAAGUAAAGCACUUUCUGAAUUAAAAUAUAUUGGUUCCAAUACGUAGAACAAAAAUGCUGAAGAUCUACUGUGGAAAUCAAAAAUUAAUAAUGAGACCUGAGUCUUUGGCUUCAAUUUGGUGGAAUAUAUACAUACUCACCAUUUUGAAUAUUAACGUACUUUACGUAUCAGCCAAAAUUGCAUUCAAAUUCGAUGAGCACUCGAAUGAUGUUUUUUAUUAGGCCAGAUAGAUUAUGUUCGAUGUUUUACCAUCUUAUUCAUUUAUGCUUGAAAUCAUUUUGAAAUUCAAUACCUGCUAUUACUAUAAGGGAGCAGUGAUUGAAAAUCGAUAUCAGAUUGCCAAAAACUAUUUGCGAUCAUGUAAAAUUGAUUACAAUAAUAUGAUAGCAUUCUUCUUUGACAUAUUUGUAGUGAUCCCCUACUUCAUAAGUCUAAGAUUUAAUUUGGAAUACUUGGAUCUAGUUAUAAUUUUGAAAGUGUUUUAAAUAACCAAAUUUUCAAGAACCCUUUUCGAUAGAUUAGAAUUGACAGCAAUUUAAAUUGUCAUAGUGGACAUAGUUAAAUUAGUGUACACAAUUUUAGCAGCAGCUCAUUUUUCAGCCUGCAUCUGGUUUCUAGUAGGAUCUACUGGGAAUCCCAAUGAGGUAUCUUGGGUCAAGGCCUAGAAUAUAGAAGAUGAAUACUGGUUUAAUCAAUAUUUGCAUUCUUUUUAUUGGAGUAUCAUUACAAUGACCACCAUUGGUUAUGGUGACAUUACUCCUUAGAAUCUGAGAGAAAGAGUAUUUGCCGUUGGAAUGGCUUUAUCUGCAGUGGGAGUAUUUGGUUACUCUAUUGGUAAUAUCAAUUCAAUCUAUGCUGAAUGGAGUAGAUAAAGCUUUUAGAUCAGAACUGAUAUGAAUAACUUGAAAAAAUUUAUUAGAAUUAAGGGGAUAAAUAAACAUUUGGCUGAAAAAAUACGGAAGUACUUUGAAUACGUUUGGAGUGAUCAAAUGGAAGAUAAUGAUAGAGAAGUUUACAAAUUUAGUGAAUUGAUUCCAAAAUAAUUGGCUGAAGAAAUGAAAAUAGAUACUAAUAUGAAAUUGAUCUCAAAGAAUAGUUUCCUUGUAAAUAAUUUUAGUGAAGCCUUUUUGAUUUCCUUAUCAAAAGCAAUGGUGGAAGAGAAAUUUGUACCCGAAUCGAUUAUAUAUAAAGUAAGAUGGUUAAAUAUUCCUUAGUAAAAUGACCCUAGUUAAUAUCUCUAUAUUUUAUCUAAUGGCAAUCUCUCAUUUUAUAUUACCUUGAAAAACAAGUAAUAAACUAUAAAAGUGUUGGAAACCUUAAAACAUGAAGGAUAAGCCUUUGGCGUUUUAGAAUUCUUUUAAUCUUAAGCCUAUUAGAUGUCUUGUAAAUCCAACUAAUUUUCCUAUGUAUUAAAGAUUGAAAGGUCUCAAUUUAUCGAAUUAGCAUCUUAACAUCAAAAUGAUUAUGUAAUGUGCUUCAAAUAUAAGAUUAGUAUAAAUACUGUGAACUGGUUCAAUAAAUCUCAUUUAUGAACAAGUAAGAAUUAGUAGAUGUGACAUGCAGAGCCUGCAAUAAAUCAACUCAUAUUAUUCUGGAAUGCCCGUAUUUAUUGUAAUUUAUAGUGUUUUAGUAUGGUAUGUGGAUAUCCAAAUAGAUCCAAAGUAUUGCUAAAUUAUAGAAGGUAUAUUCCUUCUGAUAGAGUUAAAUAUGCAAGAAAAUUGGAGCCAAAAAUUCAAACAAGAAGAGAGUCAUCAGAUAUUCAAAACAGUAUCUAUUUGUACAUGUGCAAAACAUCAAUAUUGUAGGAUUAAAUUGAAGAGUAAAAUAAUAUUGCUGAGAGUGGAGAUGGUAUUCUUCAAAUUAUAUAAAUUAUUUAAUAGGGACCAGUUGUAUAGACGAUGCUGAUGAUUAAAUUCUGGAAUAUUCUUCUAAAUUAAAUAAGGAUGUCUAAAGAAAUUCAUUGCUGAAUCCAUCAUUCUUAUAGUAAUCAAAAUGUUAGCUGAAGAGGAAGCUGUCAUUUUAAGCUUGCACAGAUGCAUUAAAGGAUGAUGAAAUUGUAUAAAUAACUGUUAAAUUUAUAGCGAGAUAAAAUCUUAGAAAUAAUUAAUAAAAUCCAGAGAGCAGAAAGAUCUAAUAAAUAUUUGAGUCGCUUCAAUCAAGGACCCUAGCAAUUAUAACCGAAUUUUAGAUUCUAAAACCCUUAAAACACUAUUCUUAGUAACAAGAGCAUUUAAGAUUCAGAUAAGAAGAUUGUAGAAAGGGGAGAUCAAAAGAGAUUAACGAAACAAGUAGGACCUCAAAUAAAAGUUAAUGAGUACUCGAUUGAUCACAUAUAUGCAAAUAAGACUUUAGAUGAAGAUCAAGGGAAAAAGUUAUGGUAGUAUUAGGACAUUUUUGAAGGGUUCGAGAAAGUUAGGAAUUUCGAAUAUUUUUUGAGGCAUAAUAAUGCUAAUGAAAUUGCUCGAUUAUUUAAGAUUAUGAUUAAAAAUCAUAGGAAACAUAAAUAACAUAAAUGA